CCUGGGACCCGCUCAGCUUUGCAGGCGGUGUCGUCAGGCUGUCCCCGUCGACUGCCGGGCUUGCUCUGCUGCAGGACGCCGAGGCCAAGGCCUGGCGCAGUCUGCACAGCCCUGGUCGCGCCUGGCACGCGGACGCUGCGGCUCGGCAGGGGGCGGGGCCGCUGCCCGGGAGGCCCCAGAGCCUUCUGGCGAGCCGGGUGACCCAGACGGCUCCGGCAGUGGCGACAGGCGCCGGGCCGCCGCGUGACCGUCCCAAGUCACGCUGUACUUAAUCACAGUUAGCUUGUGCUCCAGCCUGGCGGUGCUCAUGUCUCUCCGAGCCGGGUGACCCAGGGGAUUUCUUUUAUGGUGGCUUGCUUUGAAAUGCCAAAGGCACCCGAUUACUCAGAACUGAGUGACUCUUUAACGCUUGCCGUGGGAACAGGAAGAUUUUCGGGACCACUGCACAGAGCAUGGAGAAUGAUGAACUUCCGCCAGCGGAUGGGAUGGAUUGGAGUGGGAUUGUAUCUAUUAGCAAGUGCAGCAGCAUUCUACUAUGUUUUUGAAAUCAAUGAGACUUACAACAGGCUGGCUUUGGAACACAUCCAGCAGCACCCAGAGGAGCCUGGUGAGGGGACCACAUGGACACACUCCUUGAAAGUUCGGUUAUUCUCUCUGCCUUUUUGGUUGUGGACGAUUAUUUUUCUAAUACCUUAUUUACAAAUGUUUUUGUUUCUUUAUUCUUGUACAAGAGCUGAUCCCAAAACGGUGGGCUACUGUAUCAUCCCCAUAUGCUUGGCAGUUAUUUGUAAUCGCCACCAAGCAUUUGUGAAGGCUUCUAAUCAGAUCAGCAGACUGCAGUUGAUUGACACAUAAAUCAGUCACUGGUUUUCCUUAUGAUUAUAAAACUGCCAGAACUAUAUGGAGUGAGAUCACACAACUGCAGUUUCUUCACAGAUCUCAGGAAGUUGUGGUAGGGCUGAGGCUUUUUAAGAAAUGGCUAGGGAACUAUCUUUAUUUGACUAAGGACUUUUAAGGUAAAGCCUGAGAUACAGUACUACAGAAUCGUGUUGAUGACUUCAGAUUUUGGAAGUAAAAUUGUGUCUUGUUACUUGCAUUGUUUAGAAACUUGAGUAAGUACCUGAACUCAUAUUUCUAUUCUACUGUGCAACAUAGUGAUCAGAAGUUUUUCCUUUGGGGAAAAAGUGAAUAUGAACAUUUCCAUUGUGUUAAGUGUAAAAAGGUGCAAACAUGGUCAUAAAGUUUAAAUUUUAUACAAUUA